GAAGUACAGAAAUGGGUCAACUUGAGAAAACAAAACUGUUUUUAUCUUUAUUUGAUCUCUGUGGGUAAAGGUGAGGAGCUAAAGGCAGCACACAUAGAGGAGAAAGAUGUCUGCUGUUCGAAAGGAACUACAAGAGGCCUUGUGCCGCUACAGCACAGAUACCCUCACUUACAUCAACACAGUGAGAGAAUUCUGUCAAGUGUUCUCUGAAUGGGAGACCUCGAGAAAGACAGAGUCAAGCCAUAUAAAGGACAUCAAAGACAGGGCAGACAAAAUCGACCUAAACAUCAGCCAUGUUACUGAGUCAGAGGACAAAGGUGAGGCUUUUCUGGAAUAUCUAAAGAGCAAGGUAACCCUGAAUGAUGAUGACAGGCGUGCAGAGCUGAGGAAAGAGCUGGAUGAAGUGUUGAAGGACACUGUGAGAGGUUUGGAGAAGCUCCACUGUUUCCUGGAUGCAGUGGAGAAGCUGGCGGUCACCUCACUGCAUGUGUUCAUGGAGAACCAGGUGUUACGCCUGCCCAACGAGAUCAGCUUUGAAUAUGUUCAGGUUGUCAUCGGUGCUGCUCGACAGAUCUGUCCUCUCCUCCUGGAGUUUAAAAGAGAUGCAAAUGUCUUCUUCCUUCCCAAACUUCAGAAUGUGGAAGUGCUGGCAUAUCAGCUGGACAGAUACAUACAGACCACCAAAAUCGUCUGUGAGAAGCUGGACAAAAGCUGCUUCAGUGACGUUUGCCUGAAAACAACUGUGAAAACUGUUGUGGAAGUCAAUGUGGAUUUGUCUAAAGAUGACCUACGAAGGAUGCUUGAUCACAUCCAUCAGCUUGAAGCAAUCAGGAUGAACCACACAUUUCGGAUGGUGUUCUUGUUCCAGGAAGAGUCCUGUUCUGACUUCAUCAGUCAGUUCAAAGAGCGACAGCCCAGGAUGCUGGAGUUUCUAGUCAAGCUGGAGGAGAUUGCUGUUAAGCUUGAUAAAAUGAAUAAGGGCGCAAAGAUCUCCAGUGUGAUAGGCAGCUCAGUGGGGGCAAUUGCAGGUGUGCUGUCCAUUGUUGGUUUGGCAUUAACUCCCGUCACAGCUGGAGUUUCUUUAGCUCUGACAAUGACUGGGGUUGGGCUGGGAAUGGGCAGUGCGGUCAACAGUGCUGUCACCACCAUCACAGAGAUCGGAGUAAAUGCUGCACAACAAAAGAAAGCUGGUGAAACCUUUGAGGGCUUCAUGAAGGAUGUGCAGAGUCUCCAGGAUUGUCUGGAGAAGGUGGCCAGUAAACCAGUCAUCAAAAUGGAAGCAAAUGACGUAGAAGUGGCUGUGGGAGUAGGUAUGGCCCUCACUAAAGUUAGUGCUAACGUUGGUGCUACCGUUAGUAAACUGGUGGCUGAGGAAGGGAGAGCUUUAAGUAGGAUCUCCAUGGUGGCUACAGAAAUCCCAGAAAUUGGUCAGGCAGCAGUCAAAGGGCCUCUUGCUCUCUCCAGGGCCGGUUCCUUUGCAUUCAAUGGUCUCUUCCUUGGCAUGGACAUCUUCUUCAUCUGCAAAGACAGUAUCAGUCUGGCUAAAGGCAGCGAGACUAAAGUCUCAAAGCUCAUCAGAGCCAGAAGUGCUUUGUGGAGCACAGAGAUGAACUCAUGGCAGAACAUCCAUGACUCUCUGCAUGAAGGCCAACUGACAUCAGACAAAAAGAAAGCUGUCAUGGUGAUGCCAUUUUAUCCAGAGUUGAAGAAGAAGAGAGGAAAACAGAGAUGGAAGUUCCCGCUGUUGAAGUGGCUAACACGCUGA